CGAGCGUCGCUUCUGCUGACGAGGAUCCACUCGCUCUCGGUUUCUCCUCGAGGACUCGGGGAUCCGCGCCAGCGAAUUCUCCGGUUACAAAGUGUCGACGAGUGUUCAGUGUUCAGAGCGACAGAGAAAAAUAAUCGUCCCUCCACGCGGAGGACACUGGCCAGUGGAUAUUCGGUGUUGGUGCGCGGACCGGAAGGAUCUGCGGUGUGCAGUGUGCCGAUAAUAGCGAUCGAUAAUAUUCGGUGAGAGUGGUGAGAGAAAGAGAACGAGGGAUACGCGCUAACGACAGCAAGAGGACAGCGGAGGGCAUCUCGAGAGAGAGAGAGGAGCAGCGCGGGGAUAUCGGUGAUAUGCGGUAGUCGAGGGGAUUCCCCAGGGAGAGACAUGAGGGCGGCCGCCGCCUACGUCCUGUUCCUUGCCCACCUCAUACAGGCGACAACCGCGAGCGGAUACUUUGAGGUGCAGAUCCUCUCGCUGACGAACAACAGGGGCACCCUGGUGGACGGUAGGUGUUGCGGCGGGGGAGGCGGGGGCGGAAAAGGAGGAUUCCCGCCCUGCACGACGCCCUGCUCGACGAUCUUCUGGCUCUGCCUCAAGGAAUAUCAGUCGAAUGUCACCGCCAUCGGCUCCUGUAGCUUCGGCAACACAUCUAGUCAAUUUAUCGGUUUUAACACCUUUACUCUCACCGAACCCGCCACCCUGCCACUCCACUUCACUUUCCGAUGGACGAGGCAAUUCACGUUGAUUCUGCAAGCGAGGGACGAGAAGAGCGCCGGCGUAAUUGAGGAGGCGAGUUACAGCGGCAUCGUCCUGCCAGGAUCCACGUGGCACACUCUCAAUCAUCAAGGAAAGAACGCUCACUUGGCGUAUCGGGUGCGAGUCCAAUGCGACGAUCAUUAUUACAAUGCGACCUGCACCAAGUUCUGCCGACCUAGAAACGACAUUUUCGGCCAUUACACCUGCGACGAGAACGGGGACAAAGUGUGUAUACAGGGAUGGAAAGGCGUCGAUUGCGAGACAGCCGUCUGCAAAGAGGGCUGCCACCCCGUACACGGUCACUGCAACGUCAGCGGCGAGUGCCAAUGUCGGCACGGCUGGCGCGGCGAGUUGUGCGACCAGUGCAUGCCGUAUCCCGGCUGCAAGCACGGCUACUGCAACGGCUCGAGCUGGCAAUGCAUCUGCGACACCAACUGGGGCGGCAUACUGUGCGACCAGGACCUCAACUACUGCGGCACCCACGAGCCGUGCCAGAACGGCGGCACGUGCGAGAACACCGCGCCCGAUCAGUAUCGUUGCACGUGUCCGGACGGCUUCUCCGGGCCCACUUGCGAGAAGGUCGACAAUCCGUGCGCGUCCAGCCCCUGCCUGAACGGCGCGACCUGCCACGAGCUCGGCGAGACCGCGCACUGCGAAUGCGCCCCGGGUUUCACCGGACCUUAUUGCACGACCGACAUCGACGAGUGCGCCUCGCAGCCGUGCCAGAACGGCGGCACCUGCGUGGACGGGAAGAACAACUUCGUGUGUAACUGCCCACCCGCCUGGCAGGGCGUCCUCUGUCAGUUCGACGUGGACGAGUGCACGCUCAAGGAAUCGCCUUGCAAGAACUCGCUCACCUGCGUCAAUCUGGCAGGCGACUACAGGUGCCGAUGCCGGAGCGGUUUCACUGGCAAGAAUUGCACGAAGAAUAUCAAUGACUGCAUUGGCCAGUGCCAGCAUGGUGCGCUCUGCAUUGAUCUGGUAGACGACUAUCACUGCAGCUGCACCGCUGGCUACUCCGGCAAGGACUGCGACGUCGACAUCGACGAAUGCGCGUCCAAGCCGUGCCAGAAUGGCGGCGAGUGCCGGGAUCUGGUAAACGCUUACGAGUGCGUGUGUCCCGUGGGCUUCACCGGCUACCAGUGCGAAAUCGAUCGCGAUCACUGCAGCCCAAAUCCUUGCCGCAACUCGGCGCCAUGUUUCAACACGCAGACCGACUAUUAUUGCCACUGCCCGGUACAAUGGCAGGGCAAGAACUGUUCGGAUCCGGCCUCGAAUAAUUCGCAGCAAUUCGGCGUGACGGACGACGAGCAGUACGGCUGCGGCAGCGAGGGCACCCCAUGUGGCGGUAAAGGCCGAUGCAGCGGCGGUAGAUGCAUCUGCGAUCCCGGUUACACUGGCAUGCACUGCCACGAGAACAUCAACGACUGUCGCGGCAACCCCUGCUUGAAUGGCGGCACAUGCGUUGAUCUGCUUAAUUCCUUCCAGUGCAUCUGUCGGGAAGGUUGGAGCGGGGAUCUUUGCGAUCAAAAUGUGGACGAAUGCGUGACACAACCCUGUCGCAAUAACGGUACCUGUGUGGACGCCGUGGCGGACUUCACAUGCAUCUGCCGGGGCGGUUGGAAGGGCAAAACGUGCGCGCUGCGCGGUGGUCACUGCGAGCCAGGCACUUGCCGGAACGGUGGUACCUGCCAGGAUCGCGGCGACGGCUUCACGUGUCACUGCCCGCACGGUUGGGAGGGCGCGGCUUGCCAUAUCGCAUCGCCGUCGGCGUGUACGAGCGAUCCCUGCGCGAACGGCGCUACCUGCGUGAACACGGUCGACGGCAAUUAUCGCUGCGUCUGUCGCGAGGGUUUCGAGGGGCCAAACUGUCGGCGCAACGUGGACGAUUGUCAGCCGGUGCCCUGUCUAAAUGGCGGUAAAUGCGUAGACGGUGUCAAUUGGUUCAGAUGUGAAUGCGCGCCCGGUUUCACCGGCCCGGAUUGCCGUAUCAAUGUCAAUGAGUGCGCAAGCGAUCCGUGCACCGGCGGGGCAACUUGCGUGGAUGGUAUCGCAAUCUACUCGUGCAUCUGUCCGCCCGGUAGAACCGGCACACGAUGCGAAAUCCGUACGGCUGGUGGACCCGGCUGCACGGCCGCCACGUGGGAGGACGAUUGCAACGUGUGCGAAUGUCGGAACGGCAAGAAUCAGUGCAGCAACGUCUGGUGCGGGCCGGGUAAUUGCCUGAACGGUACCUCUUGUCUGGCCCAUGAAGUCUGCGUUCCUAGUCCGGGCGAGAGCUGCUUAGCGCCGCCAUGUCCGGCGUGGGGCGAAUGCCGUCCGGUUGAAACCGGGAGGCGAGUUGGUCCGCCGGCGUUACCGGCUCCACCAUCCUGCUGGCCCGGACAGUCCAUGCUCGGGCCAACUUGCUCGCGACUCACGAUACUGCUGCGAAGGGAUACCCUGGCGCCCGGAACAUCGGUGGAACUGCUGUGCCGUCGUUUGAGAAAACUUCUGACCGAUCCACGAAGACCUCAGUUAGUGGUACUGUUAUGCGAUCUGAAACCCGGCGAUAACGAUACGGUGGAAGUGACCCUCUUCUCCGAGGCAGCGGCCGAUGCAGCACGGGAUCUCGGCGAGGCGCUGAGUCGCCCGCUGGCGAGACCUCUCGUUUUAGCUUCAGUGCUAGAAGUCAAAGUGGAGACGGCGUUGCUCAGCGAGCCUAGUUCGGCUGGUGCAGCCAACACUGGCGGCUACGUGGCCGUUCUAGGCGGCGCUCUAACAACCGUGCUGCUAUUAGCGCUGUUCGGCGGUCUCUGGUAUCUCAGAACCAUAAGACAUAGAUCGAACUUGACGGCAACUACUAGCAGUGAGACCUCGCUACAUCGCCAUCGUAGCGAUCUGGACGAGAAGUCUAACAAUCUUCAGAACGAGGAGAACCUAAGAAGAUAUGCGAAUCCGCUCAAAGACCAGGAUCCUGAGCCCAGAGUAUCUGUCGUGAGACCUCUAUCGGGCGCCUCGCUUGGCACCUUGACCGGCGCCGAGGAAAGUCUCGAAAUGGUAUCCGAGGAAAGUAGACAUCGCUUGCCACCGCUGUAUAAACCACCUAGCGCGGAAGCCAGGAACAAUACGGCCAGUUUUAGCUACGAAGAGGGACCGCAUAAGCCUUACAGCAAGCCCAGAUUACAGGAACCACCAUACCCUCAUCAGCAGCCGGGUACUAGCCAGACAUCGGGCCCGCAUCAAAUCCUAACGGUACACGUGUGAUUAAAUAUCGUGGAAACAAACAAUUGAAGAACAAGUGUCGGUGAGUUUUUUUUUCUUGAAACAACAUCGAUAAACGCGAAGAAAGAUUCUCGGAGAGAAUCGUCGGUAGCGAAGAUAGAUCUUAGAAUGACGCCUAAAGACUAUAUAAGAGUUUGGACAAUUUGAUUCUUUGUGAUAAUGGGAAAUGCGACUCUUUCGACUUCGGAAUAACUUGAGACAACUCUGAGGUUUUUCUUUGUUAAAGUUGAGCCAACGUUUAGAACAUAUUAGAGACAAAUGCAGGAAAAAGAGAAAGAAGCUGCGUAAUUCUUAUCGGAUUUUAUUAUAAAAUGUACAUUAAGAGAUAAUGCAUAAAUUAUUAAUGGUAUUUUUAACUGGUAUCUUUUUACAGUCAAUUCACAUUCAUAAAACAUCAUUGAAACAUUGAUAUGCUUAAUAUGUUUAAUUUUUAGAUAAUUUUAUAAAUAUAUGACAAAAAAAUUGCGUAAUCCUUAAAUGAUAUCCUUGGAUCGAAAAUUUGGAAAAUGUUUGGAAGUUAUUUCUCUCUUUUUCCUCGUUUGCCCUUCUCACGCUUUUGCGUGACGGUAAUAAGCGAUCGACAAUUAUAAAUAAUUUUAAUGGUAAAGAUCAAUUGUUAUUGUUGUACAUAUGUACAUAACUCGUACUUAUUAAUUUCGCUAAGUCUGUAUCUCUCCUUUCCUUUUUUCGUCGGCGUUGCCAUCUUUAUACGCGCCUUGAUUUUAUACGUUUUAUAUGCUCGACUUUGUACUCUUUUGAUAUUAUUGUAUACCGCCUCCCAUUGCAUUUUUUAUUUCAAUCAUUUAAGAAAAAUACAUUUGGGUGGCAUUAUCGCACUUUGCACGAGAUAUACGUUUAUCAUGCAUAAUCGUCAAAGUAAACCUACGCUCUAUUCAAGAGAAACGCAUAAAUGAUUAAAUAAUGUGUAAAUAAGUUUAGCAGCAGAAUUUCUUUAGAUAUAUUCAGAAGUAUUAUGAUUAAUGUUGCGCAGACAUUACUCGAGAUCGUUGUAUGCGAAAGUUUGCUUUGUAUGAUGUAACGUGGGCUCUUCAAACGUUCCUUCAGACGAUAUUAUUGUGAUACUCAUAGAAGAAACAAUGUCAAUGUGUAGGAUUACUAUGGUACUCCGCGUGUUCGUCUAUUUUAACAGAGAUACUGCCACUACGCGAAAAGGAUGUGCAAUACAAUGUACACUAAAUCGCGGACACAUUGUGUUGUAAAGAUCAUAUUAAUGGUGUGAAUAAUGCGAUUUUUUUUUUAGAGAGAAAGAGUAUUCGAACGCAGUGAAGAUGAAUGUGUACAUAGUGACGCUAUAUUGCAUCGUAGAACGAUGUAAGUAAAUAAAUCUAAGUAUAUAUGUUCAGAUUGUUCUCAUCUCCCCAGUCAUCGUCGACCCCAUCUUUAGAUGUGCAAUUUGUUUUCUUUCUUUUUUUAUACCAUAACA